AUGAGUGUGGAAAAAUCAAUUGCCAUUCAACAGGAAAGACUUACGAAAUUAAAUCGAGCUGAGGCUAAUUACAGAAAAAGUCCUAAGGAAAGGGUCACAAGAGGUUAUUUAGAAACAAGGUUGGAAAUAGUUGAAAGCUUGUGGAAGGAGUUUACGGAGACUCAUUGGCAUAUUAUUGGAACAGCAAAUGAAAGCCAAAGCUCUAGUCUUGACUACUUUACGAAAGGCACGUACGAUACGUUUGAAGAAACCUAUACUUAUUACAAAGGCUGUUUGAAAGAAGCUAUUCAUGCCAUGAUUCGUCGUGACAAAUCACAAGCAUUGCCACCACAGUCGGUGGUUAAAGAGUCUAAGUCCAGUGAUGUCAAACUUCCUAAAAUAGAGUUACCUAAAUUCAGUGGAAAAUACGAAGAAUGGCAACAAUUUUACGAUCUUUUUUGCUCACUUAUUCACAACAAUCGGAAUUUGUCAGCCGUUGAAAAAUUGCAUUAUUUAAAGAGCACUUUAUCGGGUGAUGCGGAAGCGCUCAUUCGAAAUUUACCAACAACUGAACUUAACUACAGCGCGGCAUGGAAAAAACUAACAAACAGAUAUAAUAACAAAAGGUACAAUUGUAAUGCUAUUCUCAAGAGUUUAUUCACUCAAAAGCAUAUCACCAGCGAAUCUGCCUACUCCAUAAGAUGUUUGCUAGAUGGAACAACAUCGUGUAUCACGUCUCUCAACAACUUGGGAAUUGAAACCAAAGAGUGGGACGCAAUUCUCGUUUUCCUAGUCGUCUCCAAACUAGAUCACGAGUCACUCCGCCAGUGGGAGAUAACUGUCAGUGGUGUUUCAUCUGACACAUUGACUAAAUGGGAUGAAUUAGAAGUAUUCCUAGAGUCACGGUUUAGGACACUGGAAAUGAUUGAUAGUAGCAAACAAAUGUCUAAAACUCCUCACAACAAUGCAAAACGUAUAGAGAAAAUUAAAUCAUUCGCAGUUCAUGAUGACGCUAAGAAAUAUCAAUGUAUCAUGUGUUCAGGAGAUCAUUUCCUCUAUCAGUGCAAGGGAUUUGGACAACUAGCGCCGCAAGAGAGACAAGAAUACUUACAGAAAAAAUCUCUUUGUUUUAACUGUCUAGCACCCACCCAUUCAGUUAAGAAAUGUCGUUACACAACAAGCUGUCGUAGAUGUGGUAAACGACAUCACUCUUUGCUUCAUCAGGAAAGAGAAAUACAACAAGGGUUCACAAACACAACAGAGAACAACCACACAUUCACACAAUCAAAGCAACCUAAUCAAGGAAACAGUCAACCUUCAUCACCCAAUCAAAGGGUGAAUAUCGUUGCCAAUUUUGCAAGGGAAGAAACAGUCGUCGGAUUGGCCGACGUUCUUUUGGCGACGGCAAUUGUGAGAGCAUCUUCUGACAGCGGUCAAUUCUGUGUUCUACGCGCCUUGAUCGACCAAGGCUCACAGGCCUCUUUUGUCACAGAGCAAACAGUACAAACAUUAGGGCUUAAGCGAGUGUCAGUUAGUGGCUGCGUGUCAGGUAUAGGGGAUGGUCGAUUGCGUAUAAAGCACAUGGUUUCUUUCCAAAUAGAGUCGCGUAGGGAUCCAAGUAAGUCUAUUCAAAUUUCUGCAUAUGUAUUAAAAUCCCUUAUUUCUCGAUUACCCACCAACAAAAUCUCGUCACCUGAUUGGCUAGAUAUUGAGAACCUAUCACUAGCUGACCCAGGAUUCAAAUCACCUGGUAGAAUUGAUAUUUUACUAGGAGCUGAAGUGUAUGGCGAAGUCCUCUUGAAUGACAUUAUCAAACACCCAAAGGGACACUUAUUAGCUCAAAACACCAUCUUUGGGUGGAUCAUUUCAGGGAAGGUAUCCCAAGUACCUUCAACUGGUGUCAGAAAAAUGGUAAGCCUACACGUUCAAGUAAGAGAAGAUUUUUUAUUAAAACAAUUCUGGGAGUUAGAAAAUGAACCAAACUUGAUUCAAAAGAAACUUACUAAAACAGAAGAAAAAUGCGAAGAAUUUUACGACUCAACUACUUUCAGGAAUGAAGAAGGAAGAUUUGUGGUCAGAUUACCUUUUAAGAGCGAUGAUCCACAAUGUCAAUACGGAGGAUUAAAGGAGAUAGCAGAGAAAAGAUUUUAUUAUUUGGAAAAGAAACUUCAAAGGAAUCCAAAUUUUAAGGAAGAAUAUUGCAAGGUAAUGCAAGAGUAUCUGGAUUUAAAUCAUAUGAUCGAAAUAAAGGACGAAAUGGUCGAGCCAAAGGCAGUAUAUUUUCCACAUCACGCCGUUGUAAGGGAAGAUAAGGAAACUACCAAAGUACGAGUUGUCUUCGAUGCCUCUUGCAAAGGUAAGAACGGCGUAUCUCUUAACGACAAUCUUCAUGUCGGGCCCAAACUACAACAAGAUCUGAGACACAUUCUGAUGAGGUGGCGUAUAUUUCCUAUAUGUAUCGUUGCAGAUUUAAUCAAAAUGUACAGGCAAGUGCGCCUUAAUGAUGAGGACACGCGUUUCCAAAGGAUCUUAUGGAGAUUCAACCCCGAUGAACCUCUGGGUCAGUACGAGUUGCUCACACUCACCUUUGGAACGGCAUGCGCACCUCAUUUGGCCGUAAAGUCUCUGCAACGGUUGGCAGAGGACGAGCGUCUCAAUUAUCCAACCGCAUCGGAAAUAACGAUAAAGGAUUUUUAUAUCGACGAUCUCAUGACGGGCUGUCAAACUGAAGAGGAGGCAAUUGAAAUUUAUAAGGGAAUGAAUAAGCUUAUGCAGGCAGGAGGUUUUCAAUUACAGAAGUGGAGCAGCAACAGUAGAGCCUUAUUGCAGUACAUUGACCAAGACAAUCAGAGUUCAGCUCCAUCUAUUCCCAUUAAGGCAGACAAAAUGGUUAAAGUUUUGGGCAUUUGUUGGAACAGAGAUUCUGACGAGUUUCAGUACACGGUAGAUUUGCCGGAAGUUGACAAAUUACCAACAAAGCGUCAAGUGUUGUCCGACAUUGCUCGGCUAUACGAUCCAAUGGGCUGGAUCGCGCCCGUUGUCGUGACUGCUAAGGUAUUCAUUCAAAAACUGUGGAAGUCAGGUUUGGCUUGGGACGAUGAGCUUCCUGUAGAUUUGCUAAAUGAAUGGCUAAAAUACAGAUCACAACUCACUGAGCUGAAAACCAUCUUAAUUCCAAGGUGGCUACAUUUUACUCAAGAUUGUGAAGUCGAAUUGCACGCGUUUGCAGACGCUUCCCAAACAGCUUACGCUGGGGUUGUGUUCUCUCGUUCAGUAAACGAAAAGGGUGAUGUUCACGUACAUCUCCUAGCCUCGAAAACAAAAGAGACGCCGAUUGAGAAGGAGUUAUCAAUUCCUAGAAUAGAAUUGUGCGGUGCAGUCCUGGCUACAAAAUUGCUGCAUGAAGUUGCACAAGUUAUGGCUGUGCCUAAAGAAAAGCUUCACGCAUGGUCUGAUUCAACCAUUGUCCUAGCAUGGUUGCGAGGAUUGCCGUCUAGGUGGACAACUUUUGUAAGUAAUAGAGUAUCAGAAAUUCUUAACAUUCUAGACAGUAAUCAGUUCAAUCAUGUUGGAACAAAACUUAACCCCGCAGACUGUGCUUCCAGAGGAUUGCAACCUUCAGACUUAAAGAGAGAGAUGCUUUGGUGGAAGGGACCUACAUUUCUUCAUCAACCAUUGAUCAAUUAUCCAAUAACAGAAUACAGCACACAAGAAGAAGUCAGAGCGUGCAAAACUGGGGAAAUCAAGACCUUAGUUGCGUUGAAGAAAGUGGACGCAAAUCAACGUUUCAAGCAAGAAGAAAACAAUUUAUUUUGGAGUAAAUAUUCGUCUCUGAACAAAAUGUUAAGAAUUGUGUCAUAUGUUAAUAGAUUUUUAAAUUUAAAAUUAAAAGCGCACGAAAGAAAGAAACAUCCGGAGUUCAUUACUGCAAGGGAAAUUAAUGAUUCUUUACUAGGUUGCAUUAAACAAGUUCAGGCAUUAAAAUUUAAAGAGGAAAUCAGGCAACUAAAGUCUGGAGGUCAUGUACAGAAGAAAAAUGAACUGCACAUUCUCAACCCGUUUUUAGAUGGAAUGGGACUUUUGAGAGUAGGUGGUCGAAUAACUUUAUCUAAGUUGAGUUACGACGAGAAACAUCCCAUAGUGAUGCCUGACGUAAGUCAUCUUACCCAGGUCAUCGUACAGGACGCUCAUAUCUCAACAAUGCAUGGCGGACCUCAAGCAAUGCUCAAUUACCUCAGAAGUAGGUUUUGGGUAAUACAUGCCAGGCAGUUAGUUAAAAAAUGUUUUCGCCGUUGUGUCACAUGUAUACGAUACUCCCAACGCAAAACCACUCCUCUGAUGGGUCAAUUACCAGAAGUGCGGUUGCAGCCAAGUAAGGUUUUUAAGUCAUCAGGUGUAGACUAUGCGGGUCCCAUAAAUUUCCGAAUCUCUCCUGGUAGGGGAGGCAAAUCCUAUAAAGGUUAUAUUUGCCUUUUCGUGUGUAUGGUGACUCGUGCCAUUCAUAUAGAAGCAGUGUCUGACUUAACUUCAAAAGGCUUCAUCGCUGCAUUUCGUAGAUUCGUUGGUCGACGAGGACGUUGCACUGAUCUACAUUGCGAUAACGGCACAAACUUUGUCGGUGCUGAUAAAGAGCUGCGAGAAAUAUUCCAUACAACCAAAUCAAAAGUCCCUCAAGAAAUUGCGGAUGUUUUGGCAAUGGAGGGUACAACGUUUCAUUACAUACCUCCUUUAAGCCCAAAUUUUGGUGGAAUUUGGGAGGCUGGGGUUCGCUCGGCAAAGACACAUUUUAAGAAGGUGAUAGGUAAUCAUACUCUAACCUAUGAGGAGAUGACCACAGUGUUGGUACAAAUAGAGUCUUGUCUGAAUUCACGACCAUUGAGUCAGUUAAGUGACAAUCCGGUAGACCCUCUCCCCUUGACACCCGGCCAUUUCCUGGUAGGAGAACCUCUUGUUAAUGUUUGUGAUAGUUAUUACAUUAAUCAUGCUGAAAAUGUAAAUUUAACAAGUAGAUGGAAAUUAGUUCAAAAGAUUACUAAUGAUUUUUGGCGUAGAUGGUCCAAAGAUUAUUUAUUAAAUUUAGAUAAGAGGUAUAAGUGGACCAUAAAAAAAUCCGAACCUGAUGUUGAUGAUAUAGUUAUAAUUAGGGAGGAUAAUUUGCCACCAACAAAAUGGAUUCUCGGUAGAAUAGUUCAAAAACAUCCAGGCAAGGAUAAUGUCACGCGUGUAGUUACUAUUAAAUGCAAGGAUAAAUUGUUGAAACGUCCUGUUAACAAGCUUUGUUUCCUACCUAAGUGA